GGAAGAAGAAGCAAUUAAACUGGAUGGCCUAUCGGUAGCACAAAUGAAAGAGAUACGAGCUAAAGCAGAGCAGUUCCAGUUUCAGGCUGAAGUGAACCGUAUGAUGAAGUUGAUCAUCAACUCACUUUAUACAAAUAAGGAGAUCUUCCUGCGUGAACUGAUUUCGAAUGCGUCGGAUGCAUUGGACAAGAUUCGACUCAUCUCUUUGACUGAUCCAGAAGCACUGUCGGCCACUGAUGAACUCUCUAUCAGAAUAAAGGCCGACCGCGAGAACCAUUUGCUGCACGUGAUCGAUACGGGUAUUGGUAUGACUCAUGAUGAGUUGGUGUCGAAUUUGGGUACAAUCGCACGUUCGGGUACUUCGGAAUUCCUCUCAAAACUGCUCGAU